AUGAAGUCCCAACUCCCUCUGACCGUCCUAUUCCUCAUCUUCAUUGCCGUUCACUCCACCCUUGGUACAGCCAUAGACCGAUCUGGAUCGGGAAGUCCAAAUCAACGUUACAGCAAAGAGCAAGACCAGAAGCAAUUGUUGAAUCACGUUUCUUCCCUGAACAAAGACGAAGACACCGAGAGCAAAGACAAGACAAGGACAGGACCUGCAGCGGCUUAUUCUUCUUCUUCCUCUCCUAUAAAGUUCACGGGGGAAAGGAUCCCGGGUGGUUCGGGGUUCCAUUUCUGUGACUCUCGGGAGGAGCGGGAGGGCGAUGUUUUCGAGAUUGAGGAGGUUGGAAUUAGUUCCAAGCCUGAGGUAAACUCAAUCGUCUUCUUCAACAUGUCCGGUACAUUUCACGAUAACGUGUCGCCCAACUCGACCAUCAACGUGACGACGAUCAUCAACGGGCGUCGCACGUCGAGGGUUGUCGAUUUCUGUUCGUUUGCGCAGACGGUUGAGCAGAGGAGUCCGGGAACUUCUUCUUCAUUUUCCUUUUCAUCUUCGCGGUCACAUUCUUCUUCCUUGAGCUUAGCUGCUGGUCAGGGUCAGGGUGGGAGUGAGAAUCAGAAUCAUAUCCAUGCUUGUCCUCCCCAUCGAGGAUGGGGUGUUAUCAGGCGUGGAGAUAGUGUAUUUGUGGAUCCUGAGGGCGUGUGGUCCUUUUUCCUGGAUGCGUAUGUCCCUGAUGGGAGGAGAUUGUUCUGUAUUGUGGCCAAUGUUGAGAUGGACUGA